GAGAAAACGGCCAGUCACAGCAGUGGGCAGACUGUGUUCAUAGCUACUGGAGUCGUCGUGCAGUCAUGCGAUAUAGCUGUUUUUAAUUCAAUAUUUCUAUGUUUAAAUACUGUUGAAAUUUGUAAUAUAGGUAAACUAAACGUAACCAGUAAUGUCCACGGAAGCAACCGCCGACCAGGCAGCUGAGUAUAUCCCGGAGAAGGUUAAGAAAGCAGAGAAGAAGUUGGAAGAAAACCCAUAUGACCUUGACGCAUGGAGCAUUCUGAUUCGAGAAGCACAGAACCAACCAAUAGACAAAGCAAGGAAGACGUAUGAACGACUUGUGGCCCAGUUCCCAAGCUCGGGCAGAUUCUGGAAACUAUUCAUUGAAGCGGAGGACGCAGACUGUAUGUUCCUCAGUAGAAAAAACAACUAUUUUCUACGUCUUUAAAUGGGGUUAAGUGCAUUUGUUGCAUGUUUGAUCUGCAACAGCAUUAAAACUUUUUAAUGG